AUGGCGAAUCGGAAGCCGCUCGGACUUGCCACCGAUCGUCCCGGCGGCGCCGUUUCCCGCUCUUCAAGUCUUGGGAGAUUUGAGCUUCUGAAGGACUUCUUUUAUGCAAACCCGAAUUGGGCUAGCAGCCGUUCGGUUAAAUGCGGAAAAUGCUGUGAUCUAGUUUCCUAUUUACCUGGGUUUCCUCGUGGCCAUAGGUCAAAAGGUAGAGUUCGGAGGCAAAAGAUGUGGGGUUUAUUAGAUGGAACUCAAGUAGGAAGCCUAGUCAACAAGAGCCAAAUUCAAUGCCACAUUGACAAACAUUCGCCUCGGAAUAUGACAAGUAAACGAGAGGCAGAUCCUAGUAUUUAUGAUUCUUCUUCUGAAUGUAAGUCACGUUAUCUUAGACGAUCAACUAGGCAACAACAUAUGGCUACAGGAACUCAGAAGAGGGGAAAGUUAGACUCGGGAAAGUUUGAAGUCUACUUAGAGAAUAUGUGGAGAUGUUAUACGGAAGAGAAAAAGAACUCGUUUACUUAUCUCGAUUCCUUGUGGUUUUCCUUGUACUCAAAAGGAGCUUGUAAAGAAAAGGUGUUGAGUUGGAUCAAGAAGAAAGAUAUAUUUUCAAAGAAAUAUGUUUUUGUUCCAAUCGUACAGUGGGGUCACUGGUUUCUUUUGAUCCUUUGUAAUUUUGGUGAAAGUCCAGAGGCAAACACCAAAAGUCGUUGCAUGCUGUUGCUAGAUUCACUGAAAGAGGCCAAUGCUAAGAAGUUAGAACCUGGGAUAAGAAGGUUUGUCUUCGACAUAUUUAAUGCAGAAGAACGACCGGAGAAGAAAAGCGCAGUCAAUAAAAUUCCUCUUAGAAUUCCUAAGGUGCCACAACAGAAAAGUGAUACCGAAUGUGGAUUCUACGUUCUUUACUACAUAAACUUAUGUGUAGAGAGUGCCCUUGAAAGUUGUAGCUUUUCCAUGGGCUAUCCUCACUUUGACUUGGUAUCAGCCGAGAGGAACCGACUCACGAACACGCAUGUCCAAGCCCGAAUCGGGAACCAAAUCCUGAAAACGAGGCCCGUUUUGUCUCAAAGGGGAAAGGCCUUGUGGAACGAGGACCUGAUGUUCGUUGUUGCCGAGCGGCCCGAGCCGUUUAACAACCUCAUGCUCGUGGUGGAGAACUGUAUGGGCCCGGAUAAAGUCUGUGUUGUCCACCGUGGAGUGGCGGGCGGACGAUCGAGCCGUGCAAUCUUGAUGGUUUAG